AUGUGGGGUAUCAUCUCAGACUCUCUGAAAUACCAUGUUGCGGCGAAAGUCGUCGGCAAAAGAGGUCAUAAACAAAAUAUCAUGAUUUUCCUUUCUUUGCUUAACUUAUUCUCUCCCUCUCGUCUCGGCUCAUUUCUCUGCCACCGCCGGUCCCGCCGCUUCUACUCCCUGCUGUCGGGUUCCAUACACAGCUUCAGGAUCACGUUUCGACCUCUUGAUCCUCCCACCAACGAGUCGACGGCGGAACCAGAUCAGCGCCCAGGUCACGGCGAAGAUGACGAUGAUGGCAGCGAGGAUGGCGAAGCAGUAGCCCGCGACGCGGCCGCUGUGCUCGCCGUGAACGCCCGGGUCGAGGAACGAGUAGGUGUAGAAGCCCUCGGUGUAGUGGGUGAGGUAGGCGAGAGCCAGAUAGAGGAGGAGGAUCAGGACGAGGAAGGGCAGGUUGAGGAGCGGAUGGGGCCGGGUGGUCGGGAGGAAGAUCUCGAGGAGGGCGAAGAGGCCGAUGAGGCCGUGCUGGGAGAUAUUCUGCCAGGCCUCGAAGACGAGCGGGAACCAGGGCGGCUGGUACAGGAUGGCCCAGUAGACGAUCAGGACGAGGAACGGGAAGGUCGUGACGCAGGAAUAGUACAGGCUGUGCAGGGCGCGGAAGACGCGAGGCAGUCGGUCGAAGAGCACCGACCGGCCUGUUCGCGCGUAGCAGAAGCCGUGCACCGCCGAUACGAGGAAGUAGAACCCCAGACCCCAGAAGUCGAGCCAGGUGAAGUAGCUGAAAGACUGGCCGAUGUCGACGCCGGCGCCGUGCGUGCCCUCCCAGCCGAAGAUGAAGAAGAUGCAGAAGAACACGUAGAGGGCGAGCAGGGCGCGCAGCGCGGCGAACACGCCUGGUGGGAAGAGCCACGAUGUUUCGAAUGGAUGGAGAUGGUCCAGCGCGGGAUCUGCCCCAAGAAGGUUGAGGAAGGAGCGCAUGUCGGCGGGGAAACAAAGGCCAAGAGAAAUCACAUUCAUUAUCGAAUUGUUAAGUCGAUAACUUAA